GCAUCGAUCAGAGAAACCUCUCAGGCGCGGCGGCGGCGCGGCGGAUCAUCGCGACGGAGAAGAAGAUAUUGAAGGACCCCUACGUCGCCGCUUCCUCUUCGAGCGUAAAGAAUUCGAAGAAGGAGAAGAAGAAGAAGCCGCUUAUCGACGUAUCGUCUCAAGUGCUGUCGAGGUUGAAGAAAUCGGCGUCCAAGAAGAAAUCUAGCGAAUUUUCAGCUCCUGAAGAAGAUCCUCAAGCAGAAGUGUUAGCACAGAUACAAAACAUUCUUGGAGCAAAUAGUUCUGAAGCAGAAUCAGCCGAGGAGCAAUGUUCUUCUCCAAGAGGUAGCAGCGACAUGAUGGCCUCACUUACACCAAAGAAUAUUUUAGAUUCAUCAUGGUUUGCAAAUGGGGAGAUUUUCGACGCACAGCAGCGGAAGGAGUUAUCACGAAAUAGAAAGCAGAAGUUUCUAUUCAAGGGUACAGAGUCUUAUAAGUUUACUAAGCUAAUGAGAAAUUGUGCAACCAAGUUCGGUCCCGACUAUACUCUUGAGGUUUUUGGUAGAAUUGGGAGAGAAACAGGUAUCAAAGAUUACAAUGCUUUAAUUAAACAUUGCAUAGUUAAGGCAAGACAAAGUAAUGGUGAAGCUUCAUCUGUCCAGAUUGGAAAAAUUUAUCAACUAUUUGUUUCCAUGAGAGAAAGUGGUUUUCCAAUCGAAGAGGCGAGUUUUGGCCCAUUUUUUGAGUAUAUGAUUGACAUGAAAAUGGUAGAAGAGUUCCAAAUUUUUAGUGAACUAAUAAAAGAUGCGAAUCCUGAAUCUUACUCCAGAAUAGGUUACUAUGAAAUGCUUCUUUCAAUUAGAGUUGGUGAUGAGGAUAAAAUUCAUGAGCUCUGCAAUCCUUCUGGAGUUGCUAGUAGUGAAGAGUGCUAUAACUUAGCAGUGAGCUAUUUAUUGGCAUUUUGCGAUACUGAUAGGAAGGACGAGCUUCUGCAAUUGCUCGAAGUGGUUGAUAUAUUGUCGAUUUCAUCAUUAAAAUAUUUAUCAAGUAUAUUUCGGUCGUUAGGGAGGUUGCAAUGUGAAAAGCUCAUGAAGAAGUUCAUUUUGGCACUGAAGACCUCAGAAGACGGAGAAAAGAAUGUUUCGCCCCUCAUCUAUGAAUAUGUUUCUAGCAUUCCAAAUUUAGAGGUUGAAGAAAUCAUAUCUAAAUUCAGCAACUUACAUAAGGGACUUGAGGUGUGCCCAUCUAUUGUAUCAUGUGAGAUGCUUAUCAAGAUUUGUUGUACGUCGUCCAAGAUACGUGCUGCCGUUGAAGUGAUUGAACUUAUAUGCCAAUCGGGCUUGGAUAUCCCAGAUCAUUUUUUUGAUCCACUUUUACAUGCCUGCGAGCGAAGUUGUGAGUUUGACAUGGUUCGUCCAAUUUAUUCAGUGAUGUCCCGACAUAAUGUGAGACCAAAAGAAAAGACUUUCAAGAGCUUGAUAAGCUUAUGCGUGAGAAUGAAAGAUUUUGAAGGUGCCUACAACUUAUUAGCAGAUGCAAAAGAGAUAGAAGGGGUGCCAACCACAAGAAUGUAUAAUGCUAUUAUGGCUGGAUAUUGUAGGGGGAAAAACUUUGCUGGAGCUUUAAUGGUUCUCAAGCAAAUGGAACAUGCUGAUGUACAACCAGAUUCUGAGACUUAUUCUUACUUGAUAGCUAAUUGUGAACGUCAAGAGGAUGUUUUCAAGUAUCACAAUGAAAUGAAGCUUGGAAGAAUUGAGAAAACAAAAUAUGUCUACAUGUCAUUCAUUAAUGCCUAUGCGAAGUUUCGAAACUUUGAAUUGGCGAAACAGGUUCUUCUGGACAGUGAGAUACAACCCAAAUACUUAAAUGAACUCAAGAACGUGCUUGUAGCAUCCUUGUCGUCUAAUGGACAAAUCACAGAUGCACUUCAACUAUAUGAUGAAAUUAAGCAAGCUGGAUGUACUACUGAGCCCAAAACUGUCAUAAGCCUCAUUGAGCACAUUCAAUCUGAUGGAAAAUUAGAUAGAUUACUUCGACUUCUAGAAGAGUUGAAUGAUUCCAGUUUCUGGUUUGACGGCUGCAGUAGGGUCAUCUUAUAUUGCGUCCGGUACCACUUUGUGAACUCUGCAAUUGGAUUGCUAAAGAAACUCAAGGAGAAGGAUGAAACGAGCACAUGUUUUGUUAUUGACAAGAUGUAUUGUCAAAUAUGGGAAUUGGGACCUACACACUUAGAGGCUGGGUUGGAGUUACUUCGUGCUAUUAAAGAAGAGCUUCACCUUCGUCCUUCUCGAACGAGUCUUGAUUUCCUCCUGAGUUCCUGUGUAACUGCGAAAGAUCCCCACCAUGCUCAGCUUGUCUGGUCAGAAUAUGAAGAUGCUGGCCUUUCUUACAAUGUGUUGACUUUCUUAAGGAUGUAUGAAGCUCUUUUGGUUUCAGGGCAGCGAAAGAAAGCAUCAAAACUGUUGAAGAAAAUUGAAAAGGACGAUCCCCAUGUCAACUAUAUCAUCAAGUCUUGUAAAGAAACUUUUAUGAAGCCCUCAAGUGCAUAGAAGAAUGUAUUAUUUGGGUGUCCCAA